UUUAAACAGAAACCGGGAUCACCUUGACCCUGCCGUGGUGGAGAUGCUGGCCCAGAGCCAGCUCCAGACCCUGGGGGACCUCAUAGCCCGGCUGGGCAGGAGCCACGUCUAUUUCAUCCAGUGCCUCAACCCCAACCCGGGAAAGCUGCCCCGGCUCUGCCCGGCCCAGCUCCCAGGCCUCUUUGACGUGGGACAUGUGGCGGAGCAGCUGCGCCAGGCAGGCGUCCUGGAGGCCGUGUACCGCCGCGGCGCCAACUUCCCCGUGCGUGUGCCCUUCUGUGACUUCCUGGCCAGGUGUCGGGUCCUGGGUCCAGCGGGGCCAGAAGACCCGUCCCACCGGGAGAGGUGUGGCACCAUCCUGAGCCAGGUGCUGGGGGCAGAGUCUCCGCUCUACCACCUCGGGGGCACUAAGGUGCUGCUGCGGGAGCUGGGCUGGCGGCGGCUGGAGCAGCACCACGCCCGGCUGCACUCCCAGGCCCUGCUCACCCUGCACCGCGGCCUCUGCGUCUACAUCUCCCGCCAGCGCCUCCGCCUCCUGCCCCGGCUGCAGGCUUGUGUGCGCGGGCUCCAGGCCAGGAAGCAAUACCUCCGGCGGCAGGCAGCUCAGGGGCAGCUGAACACCAUCUUGCUGGUGGCCCGGCCCCUGCUCUGGAGACGGCGGAGACUGCAGCUUGGGCACUGGCGUGGCUGGCAGAGCGGCAGGGCCUCGGAGAAAGCGCCAAGCAUGGAGCUGGGGCGCUUGGAGAUCCCGGCUGAGCUGGCCGUCAUGCUGAAGACGGCGGAAGGCCGCCAGCUCGCCCUGGCAAAGAGCAUUACCGAGUCAAUGCCCCCUGAAGUUACUGCCCGGCCCAGCCUGACCCUCCCGCCGGACAUCGACCAGUUUCCCUUCUCCAGCUUCGUCUCCAUCGGCUUCCAGGAGCCAUCCCUGCCCAGGCCCGGGCAGCCCCUGGCCAAGCCCCUGACCCGGCUGGACGGUGAGAACCCCCAGCACGCCCUGGACAUCAACAGAGUGAUGCUGCGGCUCCUGGGGGACGGGUCCCUGCCAUCCUGGCAGGAGAAGACCCUGGGGGCCUACCUGGUGCGGCAGGGCCUGCGCCGGCCGGCACUGCGGGACGAGCUCUUCAGCCAGCUGGUGGCCCAGCUCUGGCACAACCCUGACGAGCAGCAGAGCCAGCGUGGCUGGGCCCUCAUGGCCGUCCUGCUCAGCGCCUUCGCCCCACUGCCUGCCUUGCAGAAGCCACUGCUCAAGUUUGUCUCCGACCAGGCCCCCACGGGCAUGGCCGCCCUGUGCCAGCACAAGCUGCUGGGGGCCCUGGAGCAGACGCAGCUGGUGCCCGGAGCCGCCCGGUCCCACCCGCCCACCCAGCUCGAGUGGACGGCCGGCUGGCGGCGGGGCCGCAUGGCGCUGGACGUCUUCACCUUCAACGAGGAGUGCUACUCAGUGGAGGUGGAGUCGUGGACCACGGGGGAGCAGCUGGCCGCGCGCAUCCUGCAGAGCAGAGGCCUGGAGGUGCCCCCCCGCGGCUGGUCCGUGUCGCUGCUCUCCGGGGACGCCUGGCAGGACUUGGCUGGCUGUGACUUCACCCUGGAUCUGAUUGGCCAGACUGAGGACCCUGGGGACCCGGCUGGUCCCCACAGUUACCCCAUCACCUCCCAUAGCUACCCCAUCAUUCCCCGUGGCCUAGCCUCCAAACAUGUGCCCCCUGCCCCUGGCGUCCAGGCUCCCUCCCUGCCCCCAGGCCCCCCGCCAGGUCCAGCCCCAACGCUGCCCAGCCGCGGCCACACAGGGGAGACCCGGAUGUCGGGGAGCCUGGACGGCUUCCUGGACCACCUGUUCGAGCCAGUCCUCUCCCCAGGCCUCAGUGACCUGGAACAAGGCUGGGCCCUAAACGGCCGCAUGAAGGGAGGGGGGGCCAUCGGGCCCCCACAGCAGGGCGGGUACCCCAUGGUGUACCCAGGGAUGGUGCAGAUGCCCAUGUACCAGCCGCCCAUGAUGUCUGCACCUGUGUCCAUGAUGCCAGCGAUGGGGACGGUCCCCAGCAUGCCAGCCAUGAUGGUGCAGCCGCAGCCGCCCCUGCUUCCCGGCCCAGACACGAGGCAGCUGGCCGCCCAGCAGCAGAACUUCAUCAACCAGCAGGCGCUGAUCCUGGCCCAGCAGAUGACUACCCAGGCCAUGGCGCUGUCCCUGGAGCAGCAGACCCAGCAGCGGCAGCGGCAGGUCCAGGCCGCCAGAGCUGUCUCCCCGGCCCCACCCCCAGCCCCACCCCCGGCCAUCGCCCCCAAGCCCAAGAAGUCCCCUGCCCCGCAGGAGGAGCCAGAGCAGGAUCAGGAACCAGCGGGCGCCGGCUGGAGGGAGAGCAGCCGAGGCCAGGAAGAGGCUCAGGAUAGGGCCCAUCGGCCUAAGAGCUUCCAGCAGAAACGGGACUAUUUCCAGAAGAUGGGGCAGCAGCAGGUCAAGGUAAAGACGGUGAAACCUCCGGCCAAGGUCCAGAUCGCCCAGAGGGAGGAGCAGGAGCACGAAGAGGAGGAGGAGGAAGAAGAGGAGGAAACGAGAGCAGCGCUGUCUCCUCCCUCCCCUCGUCCUCCCCCGACAGCAAAAAAGCUGGUAAAACGAGGUGGGGCCAAAGCUGCAAAAGAGGCUGAGGCUGAGCCGGCCGAGGAGGAGGGCCCCGGGGGCAGUCAAGGGCCAGCCAAGGGCAGGGCGCCCGCAGUGCACAGCUCGAACCCCACGGCGCAGCGGCCAGAGCCCAGCAGGGAAAUCCGCAACAUCAUCCGCAUGUACCAGAGCCGCCCGGGCCCCGUGCCCGUGCCCGUGCAGCCGUCCAGGAGGCCCUCAAAAUCUUUCCUGAAGAGAAAUGACCCUAAGGACGAGGCUCUGGCCAAGCUGGGGAUCCACAGCACCCACUCGCCUCCUUCGACGCUGUCCCCCAGCCUAGAGAAGGGCCCCCCGCCAUCUGUGGCCCCUCAGCCCCAGGCCCCAUUCCGGUUCGGGCCCUCCAGCUCCAUCAAAGAGAAGCAGGGGCCCCUCCGGGACCUGUUUGGCCAGGCCCCGCCCACUGCUGAGGCACCCCCACCUCCGCCAGCUCCCCCCCUGCCUGUGCCCGGGGACUUCGGAACCUGCUCAGCUGAACCCCGUGGCUUGCCGGUGCCCAUGGAGGACCAGGGGCUCCCCACACAGCUGCUUGCGCCCUCGGGCAGCGUGUGCUUCUCCUACACCAGCGCACCCUGGAAGUUGUUUCUGCGCAAGGAGGUGUUCUACCCCCGCGAGCACUUCAGCCACCCCUACUGCCUUGGGCUUCUCUGUCAGCAGAUCCUGCGGGACACCUUUGCCGAGUCUUGCAUCCGGAUCUCCCAGGACGAACGGCGCAAAAUGAAGGAUCUGCUGGGGGACUUGGAGGUUGGCCUGGACUCCAUCGCCACCGCUGAGGACAGUGUCAAGAAGCGCAUCGUGGUGGCUGCUCGGGACAACUGGGCCAAUUACUUCUCCCGCAUCUUCCCCGUCUCGGGCGGGAGUGGCAGCGACGUGCAGCUGCUGGGCGUGUCCCACCGGGGGCUGAGACUGCUCAAGGUGACCCAAGCCUCCAGCUUCCACCCCGGCCAGCUCAAGACCCUCUGCUCGUACAGCUUUGCCGAGGUGCUGGGCGUGGAGUGCCGGGGCGGCUCCACCCUGGAGCUCUUGCUGAAGAGUGAACAGCUGGUGUUGCACACGGCCCGGGCCGGUGCCAUCAGGGCCACAGUCGAGCUGUUCCUGCGCACACUCAGGAAGGACUCCGGCUAUGUCAUCGCCCUGCAAAGCUACAUCACGGAUGACAGCAGCCUUCUCAGCUUCCACCGCGGGGACCUCAUCAAGCUCUCGCCCAUGGCCGCUCUGCAGCCAGGCUGGCAGUUCGGCUCCACGGGGGGCCGUUCUGGACUCUUCCCUGCUGACAUGGUGCAGCCGGCCGCUGCUCCCGACUUUUCCUUCUCGCUGGAGCAGAAGAGUAAUCAGCGCAAGAGUGAGCUGCAGCGUGGGGAGCCGGGGCCGGCUCAGUGGGACCGGGCCUCGGAGCGCCCUGCUGGCCCCUGGAGCCAGGCCCGCAGCGACAACUCAGAGGCCACCAGCCUGCCCUCCUCUGCGGCACACGUCUUCCUGUCCACUGACUCCCACAACUACACCAUGCAAGAGUUUGCCCAGCGCUACUUCCGGAAGCCUCAGGCUUUGCUUGACCAGACAAGGGAAGGUGCUGGGGACGUGGCCACGGCCAACCUGGUACAGUUCACCAAGGCUCCCAUCCAGGAAUCGCUCAUCAGUCUUUGUGAUGAGGACACAAACAAGCAGGCUGUGGAAAGCUUCCAGGCUCUGAUGCAGUUCAUGGGGGACCAGCCUAAGCCCCGGGGCAGGGAGGAGCUGGAGCUGCUCUACCAGCUGCUGAAGCUGAGCCGGGAGGAGAACCUCAGAGAUGAGAUUUAUUGCCAGGCCGUCAAGCAGGUCACGGGGCACCCCCAGCCGGAGCACUGUGCUCGGGGCUGGAGCUUCCUCAGCCUCCUCACGGGCUGCUUCCCCCCAUCAACCACCCUGAUGCCCUACGUGACCAAGUUUCUGCAGGAUGCGGGCCGGAGCCAAGAGCUGGCCCGGAGCUGCCAGGAGCAUCUCCAGCGCACGGUCAAAUAUGGGGGGCGCCGGUGUCUGCCCCCGCCGGGUGAAAUGCAGGCUUUCCUGAAAGGGCAAGCAGUGCGCCUGCUCCUCGUCCAUCUGCCGGGGGGUGUGGACUACAAGACCAACGUGCGGACCUUCACGGUGGCAGCAGAAGUCCUGGAGGAGCUCUGUGGGCAGAUGGGUGUCACAGACCCUCAGGAAGUACAGGAAUUUGCCCUCUUCCUCAUCAAGGGGGAAGCUGACCUGGCACGGCCCCUGUGGCCCCACGAGUACCUCAACAGCGUGGUGGUGGAUCAGGACACGAGCGUGCACAGCCGGCGGCUCAGCUGGGAGACGCCACUGCACUUUGACCACCCUGUCUACACCAGCACCCUCUACAGCCAGGUGCUGCGGGACUACCUGCAGGGGAAGCUGCUGGUCAGUGCCCAGGCUGAGGCUCAACUUGCCCAGCUGGCUGCCCUCCAGCACCGCAGCAGGGACACCCAGGAGCCCCCCUCAGAGCAAGACCUGCUGGCUUACGUGCCGAAGCCACUGCAGUGGCAGGUGAACGUGGCCGCCAUAAAGCGCCUGAUGGACCAGGAGCUGAGGCAGCUGCCGCCGCACAGUCCCCAGGAAGUGCAGAUCAGCUUCAUCAAGGCCAUGUGCCGGCUGCCCCUCUUCGGCUACACGGUGUAUGUGGUCCUGCGCGUGAGUGAGCUGGCCUUGCCUGGACCUGGCCUCCUGGGGCUCAACUGCCAGCACCUCAUCCUCAUGGACCCCAGCUCCCAGAAACUGUGCUGUUCCAUCAUGCUGAGGGACAUGCAGCGGCUACACCUGCUGAGCCCCCUGGAGGAAGACGGGCUGCCUGGCCUGGAGCUCAACUACGGCUCAGCUGACAGCCCCCAGACCAUCUGGUUUGAGCUGCCGCAGGCCCAGGAGCUAAAGCACACCAUCGCCUUCCUGCUGGACAGCAGCGCCUCGUCCGUUUAUUAGCCUGGCCUUGCCCAAGAAGUGGGGCGAGGGGUGGAGACGAGGCCUCCUGGGUGGUCACAGAUCAUUCUGAUUUGACCUUCACCACCUGGCUCUGUUCUGGAACCUGCUGCAGCACAGCCUGGCUAGCCCAGUGGAGACCACGGGGCAGGGGCUGCUGGGGCAGCAUUGGCCAGGAAACGGCGGAGCCAGACUCUCUUGGGGUUGGUGCGGGGAGGGGCGGGCUGCCAGAACUCAGCUGGGGCAUCUUGUGUGGCCCAGUCUGGGGGAGAUGCCCACCCAGCCCCCGGCCCAGGCUCAAAAUGAGUAUGAACCAGGCCUGGGAGAAGCAGCUGCUGUGGAAAUAAAUCCCC